UUUCUCGAGGCAGUCGCAUAUCAUUAUGGCUCCGUUCCGGAACAGAGACCGCUCCAACAGGUCGGGGCGUGGGCAGAUAGAGCAUAAUGUGCUGGAAGGAUUGCCCAUCACCCAAUAUCGAGAAGCUGAAAUUACUAUUGAACCUCAUUCUGCGGAAAACAAGCCUUUGGACAAAGAUGCUUGGCCUGAAUUACCAAUGCCUCGGGAUUCCCACAUGCUUCCGGAACAUUCUCAGCAGCUCCUUCGAGCGGCUCGGUCUGGAAAGCUUUACAAACCCCCAGUGCCCCCAGAAGAAGACAAUGAGAUGAAAGAUGAGGAAGAAGAGACUAAAGAGAUUCGUACCGGAUUCACCGUCAAGAAAUACGUCAAGGUAGCACGCCAUUUAGAAGGUCCAGAGCCAGAAUACCUUGCCAAGAGAAGGAAGGGUCUCCCAUCGCCAUAUGUCAGCACCCAAAUUGCACAGCCUGUGCUACGUGAGACAAAGGUUAAGAAACUCGAUGCAGAAGGCAAUAUAGCAGUCUACAAGGUCCUUGUUCCAGAAGGGCAGUCGGUAGAGGGUGAAGUGCAACCUACAGACGCCGCUAUCGAAGUUGCGCCAGCUACUGCUGCGCCAGGAACGAUCGUCGAGGGUAUCGGUGUUGUGAAUGCCGAAGGAAUUGUCGUAGCCAACGACGUUGUGCAACAAACACCUCCCAGGAGACGACCACCACCUCCCAAGAAGGUCAAGCGUGGCGGUCCGGGUAGAGGCAAGAAGAAGGUUGUCUUUGCCGAAGGUGCGGCAGAGCAAGGGACCCCGGCAUCGACUGCCGGUGGCGAUGCACUCGAAGUACCCGGUGUAAAACGAGAAGAGGGUUCCGUAGCGCCUUCAGAUGGUGGAGAUACGCCAAUGGCUGAUGCCGGAGGCCAAGACGAGGAGGGCUCUGGUGAAGAAGGCUCUGAAGAUGAGGAUCAUGACAUGGAACACACCUCAACACCCGCAACUCCCCUGCGACCAUCAGCUGCACCACCCAGCACAUCUGCGAUGGAUAUCUCAGAUACUCCGGAAGCGGCCCCAAGUGAACCUGUCGUGGAAUCUUCUAUAAUUGUCCCAACAGAGCCUUCGGCAGAGACUUCUGUAGUACCUCUUGUCGAGGCUGACGUGGGGACUCCCAUGGAAGUAACACCCUCGUUACCGACUGCCAUUGAGCCAUUACAAAGUGCCGGAGAGACCGAGACAGCAACCGUAAAAACUUCGACACCCGAGGUCACCCAAGAAGCUCCAGGACGUGACAAGUCUAGCUCGCCGGACAUGCCGUUAUCUGCCAUAUCUCAUAGCCGUCAAAACUCGCUCAAUCAUGUGUCAACUCCCGUGGCCACCACCGAGGUUGCCGUUCCCGAAAAUAUUCCGAAUGAAGUCCCAGCUCCUCCAUUAGAAGCGGAUGCCGCACCGGCGCCGACCGUCACGGCUGAACCUCAACCUGAACCUGAACCUGAAUCUGCCCAAGAGCCUGUACCCGCGCUUGCCCCUGAGCCUAUAUCAGAGCCUGUAUCGAAGUCUGUACCAGAAACUGUACCGGAGCCAGUACAAGAGCCCGAAGCGAAAACCGAGGCCCUACAAGAGCCACAGCCGAAGUCGGAACCAGCACCAGAGCCUGCGCCCGAGUCAACACAAUCCCUACCGGAUGCUCCUUCUCCACAGCCUUCCGAACCAGAUCUCAUGGGAAGUCUUGAAGAACAGCUUAAAAAAGACAACGACGAUAUGAACAAGUCACAAGGUGGUGAGAGUUGACAUUUUUAUCUCUAACAUUACCCACGUUCGGCUCAGUACGCGUCCAUGAGCUUGACUGCGAAUUGAAGAAGACAUCUGAAUAUGACGAUGUCUUGAGUUGCCGCAUUAGGUACAUAAUCAGGAUACUCUCAGCGGCAGGUUACGCAUAUACCUGAGUCUUUCUAGAUGAGCUAGCCAGACAACUGGAGAUUGUGCCUAUUGCUUAAUCCUUUUUCCAUCAUAUGGUGUCUUUGCUCGUUGGAUAUGCAGAUUCUUUUCAGGUGUUAUUGGUCUUUUUGAACUGAGGUUUUGUGCACUGUUGUAUUAGUACGAACGAAUGAUAAAGAAAUUCAUCAUGCC